CUUUUAUAUAUUUAUAUUUGAUAUGUAUAACGGUAUUGGAUUAACAACUCCUCGUGGUUCAGGUACAAAUGGUUAUGUUGUGCGCAACUUAUCUCAUGUGAAACCUCCACCUAUUCAAAAACAACAACGAAGGGAUGAAGAUAUUCGAGGCCCUCCUCCUACUGCCAAACAACCUAACAAAGAACUCUUACUUCAUGACUUGAAACGAAAGAUAGAAGUGGAAUGUAUGGAACUACGUUUAAAACUAGAAGAUGAUGGUCUCAAUGAUGAUGAGAUUGAUACCAAAGUGGAUGAACAUCGACAAUCUUUAAUGGAACGUUUGGAUCAAAUGAAACCUCGAGAAGCUAAAAGUUUACAAGAACAUGAAACCCAUUUAUUACAAGCUGCCAAAAAUGAAGAAAAUAUCAAGUUUGCGAAAGCAUUUGGAAUACGACAGGAAGAUCAUGUAGAAGGGCAAGCAUUUGAUCGGGAAUUACAAGAGCAAAGGAAACAAGAACGCAUUGAAAAACGGCAACGUGAUUUGGAAGAAAAGAUGGAACGAUACGAACGACGUGAAAGGGAAGCUCGCCGUAGUGACAGAAGACGAAAGGAAGAUGACAGAUAUUAUCGAAGAAGUGACGAUCGACGACGACGACGACGACGGUCACCUACUCCUUCUUCUGACAGUGCCAGUAGCCGUACUGAUACUGAUAGCAACAGUGAUUCAGAUGACGAUAAGCAUCGACGUCGACGAACAACAACAACGAAACGUAGAAGAAGUGUCUCAGUAUCAUCAUCAGCAUCAUCAGCAUCAUCAGCAUCAUCGGGUUCAUCGGCAAGUGACAGUGAUCGUGGCAAAAGAUCUUCAAGACGAAGACGCUCUCCAAGCUAUUCAUCCUCCUCUUCAGGCUCUGCUAGUGAAAGUGAUGAUGGUCGUAAAAGACGACGACGAUCUUAGUUAGAUAUAUAUAUGUUUAUUAGUUGGAUCGCCUCCCUUCUCUCUCUCACUUAGUUUAGUCUAAUUUCUUUUUUAUUAUCCUGUUUUAUUAUGAUUUUGAAAUAAAGUAUUUAUUGAAUAUCCCCUC